GGUGCGAAUGUCCUGGUGGGCUUGGACUCCCUGGCUAAGCUGGCGGACUUUGGCUGCUCCAAGCGCGCCAAGGAUGAGACGACCUCUGUGACUAUCGAGGGCUCCAUUCCGUGGAUGGCUCCUGAGGUCCUCACGCAUUCGCGCUACGGACGAGCAGGUGACAUUUGGAGCUUCGGAUGCUUGGUCAUCGAGAUGGCCACAGCGGAUGCUCCAUGGGGUCACUUUGAUAACCUCAUGGCAGCGAUCCUCAAGAUUGGAAUGUCCGGAGAGUUGCCACCGAUUCCGGAGACGGUCUCCGCCAACUGCAAGGGCUUUAUCCGACGAUGCACACAGCAUGACCCAGGUAAACGGCUGAGUGCCACGGAGCUCCUGAAUGAGGAGUUUGUGCUCGCAGUCGACGAGGAGGGAAACUUCAGGAAAAAGGAGGAAGCUGCAUCCCAAGCGGUUCCCGCCUGUGAGCGCAUUGACGAGGAGGUGGAUGAACUCCUACCGCCCGGUUGGGAGCGGCAUUUUUGCUCGAGCUGGUCUGCCUGGUAUUACUGGCAUCGUACAAGCGGGCGAUCGCAAUGGGUCAGGCCCAACGACGAUGAAGUGGAUGUCGAGGAGGAGAGUACCUCGCAACGCAGCGGCAAGAGCUCGCAAA